GUGUAGCAGCUGGAGGGGAGAAUCAACAAUCAGAUCUGAGAGUUAAAGGGUUAAGGCCGUCGACUAUUGGCUCUCGUGUAAGCGAGGCAAAAAUGAGCAACAAUCAGCAAUAAUGCAUGCACCUUGUCUUUGCAUUCUCUCCACAAAUGGCAGUUGCUGACAAAGGCAACUGCACCAUAUGCACUCUCUUCAAUCACUGAGAUAUCAUCACAAAACAGGCUCAAAGCAGGUCAGGAAAUAGGAACUCGUUAAAACCCAAAUUCAAGCCAAAAAAAAUGCACUUGUUUUUGUACUCGCUUAUACGAUGGCAAACACCUUGCAUUUAUUUUCCUUGGAAAAGUCAUUAAAACGCCUUGGUUUGUUUUAAUCCCAGGCUUCCGCCCACGUUGGCGUCAUGCACCAGUCACAGAAUUUUAUUCCUAUAUUCCUGGCCUGCGACCUGAGCCCCCACCUCCAGAAAAGAAGUUCACAGUUCACUUGCACUGUAUCUUAGCAGCAUCCAUGUCAAAUUUAACUACACCAAGGCCAGUACCUGUAAGAACGAGGUCUGUUUCACCUCGACCCACUUACACUAGAAAGUCCUACACACCAUCCCCAAAACCAACACCAAAGUUAUCAGGAAGUUUUGAGGCUCGCAGACCAAAGUCUGCUAUUGGGGUUCCAUCUGAGUUUUCACGUAAGCCUCUGACGCCUACUCCAGUGAAAGGAAGUACAUCUCUAAGACCAGCAAAGAAGCAUACCGGCUCAGAUAAGCCUGCUCCCAUAAAACCAAAAGCGGGUUCUGACAAACCAGUAGCUAUAAGAGGAAGGCCAAGAAAUGCAGAGAGGCCCCCGAUGCCUUUUCAACGCAACCUAUCUCCAGAAAGCUCUGAUUCUGAAGAUGAUACUGGUCGCAAUGGUUACUACAUUUACAUUUACAAUGAAAAGAUGAACAAGAGUCAAGGGCAUAAUGAAGGAAAGCCAACUGCAUCGGUGAGGCCAAUGAAGUUUUCCAGGGAAGAGAAGGAUGCAGAUGAGAUUGAGCCAAAGGAUCCUUCAGUAAAAUUAGACCUGAAACCUAUGAUGUUGAACAUAUCACCUGCUGACUCUCUGGAAACAGUCUUGGCUUGAUGUGCUUCACAAUAUUUUUCCUUCUAAAUAAGAUUUCACUUGCCAUCUCACAUUGAAACUGGGUUGGACUUUUAUUGGUCAGUGCUUGUUUUUGCACUGUCCACUAUUUGCUUGAUUGAUGAGUACAAAUGCUUUCACUUUUGAGAAUAUUUUACUUGUGUAUUUCAUAACAUGACAACCCUAGUUUUAACUUGCAUCAAUCAUCAAAAUAGAUCAGUUAAAAAAGAAACACAUUACUUCUGCGGGUUAAAAAGGUCACUCUAGACCAGUAUGGUUGAAGGUGUAUUUUAAUCCUUUUUUUUUGUGUGGGGUUUCCAGUUUUUAAUUGAUCAAAGUUUUGAAACUUAUUUAAUCAAAAUAUUACAUAAUACUCACUUGUGAGUAAAAGUAACCAUAGUAUUGUAUAUAUAUUACAAGUAAAUUUUAAAAGUAGGUUAUUUAACCAAAGUAUUACCAGAUAGUUUCAAUUUUAUUAGCCCGGAAAAUGUUCAUUUUUAAUGUUAUAUUACACACAAAGUUUAUUUGAAAUUUUUUAGUCACCAUAUAGUAGACAAUCAUAGUAUCAUAUAUAUAGCCUUUCACUAGAGAUGCAGGUCAUUUUUUGUGUAGUGGAUUUAUUUAUUUUAAGUUUCUUUUAUUUUUAUUAUUUAUUCACGCUCAUUGUGAAGAAUUUUAAUGAGACUUGGACAAUUUCCCCUACAGUAUCAGGUAGGGGAGAGUUUCACAAGUACAAGGUAAAAGAUCUAUUGAUAUUUACCCCUCCAAACAUCCUUCUGGAUGGGUCAGAAAUAAUAUGAAGGAAAAGAAACAAUUACUGCUGGUAGAGGCAGUACCAAAUUUUAUCCUUUUUUGUAGAUCUUGAUUCAAGAAGGUGCACUGAUUUUUCUUAAAUUGAUUAUGGUACAGUUCAGAAGUAAUCCGAACUUUUGUAGUGCUUUGAAAACCAAGCACUUUGAAAUUCCUACUGUAAUUUAGGAACACCUGUUUUGACUUUUAAGUAUACUUGUACAGGCUUCUUGUAAGAAAAGUCUAUUGCGGUGUUUACUUCAACAUAUGGUAUUUUCAUUCAUGCGAAGGUGUGGAUGAAGUAAUUCAUUCCCAAUUUCAUCAAAAAUCUCAAGGCUGGACUUUCAUUUGAUCAACACUUUGAAAAGUGUAUUCCACUCAAUCACAACCAGUCUGUUAUAUUUUUGGCAGAAUUAUUCGUCAAAUCAAAUAGUGUAUUAUCCUUUUUAGUCAAGGAUUCUCUUAUUUUUAGCAUGGUUAUCCAAAUAUACACAAUAUUAUUGAUAAAUGAGUAUUUUUGAUAGCAAUAUUUUUUCUUAAGUAUCAUCAUAUUAUCAACAUUAUCUUCUCGCUGAUACAAGUUAUGUCAGUUUUUAAAGUUACAAAACCAUGUAAAGGCACUUGGAACUUGCUGCCAAUAAUAAGUCAACUGGAAUCUAUUUAUCUGAAGUACUGCAUGUCCAUUAUGGCUCUCAAGAAAAAGUGUAAUAAGUGUUAUCUUCCAUAAUUAAAUCUCAGUAAAGAAAGUAAAUUUUAUUAUAAGGUUAUUAUAUAAGUGCAAAUUGAAUUAGACAAAAUAUUGUUAAACUUAAAGUUAAAGUUCCUAUUACUAUAUAAAUAUUAUAUCUAAAUGUGUUAUGCUAUAUUUAACUGAGAGAGACAAAAUUUAAGGGGUUACAGAAUUUAAAAGCAUCAAUGGCAUUUUUAAGUUGAAUUUUAAAACAUUGGUAAUCUUAAUAAUAGUAAUACAUUUAAUAACAGUUAUGUUGAAGGGCUUUCGCCUAUCAAAGGACAUACAAAUAUUGAGUAGCCUAUAGGGAAUUUCUAGAUAGAUUGUUGUGUUUGUUAUUUAUCGAGUUUACAGCAAUGUUAAUAAGGUUGGUGAAUUUCAAAGGUUUUAGUCUGGAAAAAGAGUUAGGAAAAUUUCUAAAUUGGACAGUGAAUAAGAAAUGACUCAUAGAAAUUUAUUCAAGGAGAGAAUGCAUUGGGCAAGGGCAUAUACUUUUUUAUAACUAAUAAUUUUAGAGUUUUGAACUAUUUUUAGAGUCUGAGAAGGUAUUUGGAAAAUUGUGCUAAAAGUGUUUGUAAUGGAAUAUAAAUUGGAUAGGAAAGUAAAUUCCUAUUGCUUGGGAAGGGAAAUGGAAUUUUAGAAUGUAAGAGUUAUGGUAUGUCACAGUACACUGCACUAUAAUGGUACUGUUUUUUAUUAUUCAAAGUCAUGUCAUGUUACACUCAAGACAUUUUUAGUAAUAAAAUGAAUCUGUUCGUUUUAUUGAA